AUGCGCACGCGCCGCGUCAAGCCGCGCCCGGGCCGACAGAACGGAAACGAACCGAACGAAAACCAACAAAAUCGAGGAAGAAACUGCGACUGCCUCAGAGCGGAAGGAGACGAGGCCGUGAGUUACAAGGUGACUGUACUACCAAAACUGCAAUACUGGCGCGUCGUCAGUAGCGAGUGUUGCGGGGCGGGGGGCGCGGCGUACACGUCGGACGCGGUGGACAGGCACUUGUGCAGUUUGCGGGUACCUUGCGAGCGCGAGCGGCGCACCGCGCGCGCGCAGCUCGCCGCCGCCGCCCCCGCGCCGCCCCCCGCGCCGCCCCCCGGGCCGCCCCCCGCGCCGCCCCCCGCCGCGCCGGGCGCUCCGGCCGCCGCGCCGCCCGCGCCUGCCGCCGCGCCGCCCGCCGCUCCGCCCGGCCCGUUCAUCUACAACACAACACAUGCGCCCAGCCCCACCACACCGCGCCGCACCCGCCGCCCGCAGUGGCGAGGGAAUUCUACUCCUCCGGGAGGAGUGGAGGGCGACGAUCCCGGACCUUCACCGUUUUAUACACGACUACACACUAGAAGACCCCGAAAGCCGUUUCCGUUAUCGACACGAAUAUUAGUUGAGCGUGAUCUCUGUGCCACAUACAGUCAUGUUAGUGAUCGCGGCUCGCGUUAG